UUCAUAAAUGGGCCCCACAUGGCGCCAUCCGAUUCUGUUCCUGUUUAUUAGGGCGCGGGAGGAACAUUUGUUGGUAAAUUUGGGGAAUUUAGGCUCCACCAAGGCCAUGCCCCUAAAACUCCUGGGACACCCACUUCUGGGUGGAGUUUCACACUAGCCCCUCCCAUCUUUAACCAUGAGCUUCGUUGAGUUUGCUGUAGUAUUGUCACAGAAAGUUCGGGGCUGUACCUGGAGGAAGCGCGUGAACCCGGGGAGGAUCACUGCAGACCUUACUGGCCCUUUAAGAGAAGGUUCCUUCCGUUAACGCCGCUAUCUUGCAGCAAAGAUGAGUCGUCUCCACCACAUCCUGCUCUCCUGUUUAUUCUCCCUCCAGAUCUGGGAAGGAAUUUGUCAGGAGUGCGGCAAAGAAGAGUAUCUCAAUGACAAUGGGAACUGUACGUCGUGCAGAAAAUGCCCUCGGGGGCAGGAGCCAAAUGGGGUCUGUGGCUUUGGGACGGGUGCUGGCGUUGGCUGCCGGGCAUGUGCCCCCGGGACUUUCUCCAGUCGUCACGAUAUGUCCCCUUGCACUAUGCACACCCAGUGCAUUAAGAAGAAAAGGAUCCAGCUGACUGCAGGGACCGCCAAUGCUGACGCAGUGUGCAAAGAAUGCCUGCCGGGGUAUUUUCCUCUGGUGGCUAAUAGUUCGAACACUUGUAUCCCGUGCUGGCUGGCGCCCCCAGACACCGUGGGAUGCGAAGGUCAAAGAACGCUGAGAAACCGUUCUCCAAGAACACUGGAGGCUCCCAAUAACUCGGAGCAAACGUCCCCCCAAAACAGUACACAUAAAGGGGCUCCCGAUGACUCCAGGACGGAGUACGCAGUAUUGGCUAUAGUCCCCGUCUUCUGCAUGAUGGGCCUGUCCGGUAUAUUGUUGUGCAACAUCCUAAAAAAGAAGGGAUAUCGCUGCACGUCUCAGAAGGUGGAUGAAGAAGCCGCUCCGGAGAAGGAUGGUAACAUCAUGAUGGAGGAGAACGGGAACGAAGACACCAUCGGGGUCCUGGUGCGUCUGAUCACCGAGAAGAAAGAAAACGCUGUUGCUUUGGAAGAACUCCUGAAAGAAUAUCAAACCAAACAGACGUCCACGUCAGGAGACAAGUCGCCUCAAAACAAACUCCACCUGCUGCCCCAGAUGCCGAUCCUCUGCAAACACCAGCAUCACCUGCACACUGUCCAGGGCCCGGCGUCCCGCUCCAACACCUGCUGCACUCGCUGCAGCCAGAAGAAGUGGCCCGACUUCAUAUCGCCUCCACAGUCCAUGGUGGUGCCCAACAACAACAAUGGCAAAGGCGGCAGAACCUCGGCCAAAGCUGCGUUAGGGGAGAUCACCAUCCUCUCGGUGGGCAGGUUCUGUGUUGCCCAUAUACCGGAACAGAAGCCAAAUCCCGUAGAGGUGAAACCCAAUUCUGAAGCUGGUGUCAUGGAUGCCUCAGGUCGUCCUGAAAACGAGGUCUCUGAACAGAAGCUGCUGCUGCUGUCUAACACUGUGAGGGCUAAGAAGCGGAGUCUAGAAGAUACCAGCAAGCUGGAGGAUGUUAUCUGACUCCACCUUCCCGCCAUCCCAGCCAUUCACCUGCAACAAUCCGAGCUGUGGUGGGAGGGUCCUCCUGCUGGUCGCACGUGGGCCAACAAGGCAGCGAAGUGUGGAAUGUGGAGGAGACCCGUCUCUGCAGCGCCUCCAUUGCACUGCACAUUGCACCUAUUGUUUUACCAAGAGCGAUACCAUUAAAACCUCUCAUAAUGGGAAGCCAACGCGCUUCAGGGAUUUACACAAGACCAAGGCGGCGGAGGCCGUUUGGAGGUCGUGCUGCUGUUUCUCAUGGUCCAUUUAGUAAUAGACGGUAUAAUAAGAGACUUGUCGCGGGAUGUGGAAAUCUGGGACUUCAGAACCGGAGAGAGAACGCGACGCUCGCUGACUGCCUUCCAUCUUUGAAUGCUACAGACUUAUGUUGCUGCUACUUUCCCUUUUUUAACCUAACUUUAUAUUUUUAAUGCUAAUUUAUAGGUCACUGGGGAAUGACUUAUCACUGGAGGGAGUGUAAUAAAUUCUGCAAAAUUAGUUUACACUAAGGGGGUGGGCGAGAGAGACGUGGCAAAUGUGAAGGGUCCUGAACACGGCCCCCUCCGGACGAGCGAGUGCAGCCCUGGAGCAUCCAGAUACCAGAACUCGAGCUUUUACUCCAGGCUGACACCUACAGGACCAGUAUUUGGGAUCCUUGAUUACAUUAUUUAUUUUUUUAUUUAAAUAACCAGAAAAAAACUGGGUCCACAAUCUAAGAAUUUUUGGAAAGAACCUUCAUGUUGUGUCUUAAGAGUUUUGGAGCAAGAUUAAAGUGAACGUCUACCGUGAUAUUUUUAGGU